CAAUCCUCCACUGUGUGAUCUCAUCCUCACCCUUCAUUUUCCAAGGGCAAUCAAGUCAUAUGUAACUCUUUUAUUCUUCUUCCAUUUACACGUUCACUUGAUCCAUCCUUCACUAUAAAUAUAUGCAGCCAAACCAACCUUUGCUUCUCCCAAGUCCAAGCCCUGGUAAAGGGGGAGAAUUUGACAGCUGAAAAAUCAGUUUGGUUUCCAUUUUGCCUCUGCUAAGUUAGUUAGCUGAUUAAUAGUGUUGAAAAUGCGUGAGAUUCUUCACAUUCAAGGAGGACAGUGUGGAAACCAAAUAGGAACAAAGUUCUGGGAAGCGGUAUGCGAUGAGCACGGGAUUGACCCCAUAGGACAAUAUAUAGGGAACUCCAAACUUCAACAACUCGAAAGAGUCAAUGUUUAUUACAAUGAGGGAUCUAACGGGCGUUAUGUUCCCAGGGCAGUGUUGAUGGACCUUGAGCCUGGCACCAUGGAUGCUGUCCGGUCCGGCCCUUAUGGGCAGAUUUUCCGACCAGACAACUUUGUAUUUGGACAGUCUGGUGCCGGAAACAAUUUCGCCAAGGGUCAUUACACUGAGGGUGCCGAGCUCAUUGACUUUGUUCUUGAUGUUGUAAGGAAGGAGGUUGAGAAUUGUGAUUGCUUGCAAGGAUUUCAAGUGUGCCACUCCUUGGGAGGAGGAACGGGUUCUGGAAUGGGAACUCUACUCAUUUCAAAGAUCAGAGAAGAAUACCCUGAUCGAAUGAUGCUCACUUUCUCUGUCUUUCCAUCUCCAAAGGUGUCAGACACAGUUGUUGAGCCUUACAAUGCAACACUUUCUGUUCACCAAUUGGUGGAGAAUGCCGAUGAGUGUAUGGUCCUUGAUAAUGAAGCACUCUAUGACAUCUGCUUCAGGACCCUCAAACUCACCACACCAAGUUUUGGAGAUUUGAAUCAUUUGAUCUCAGCAACAAUGAGUGGAGUGACUUGUUGCUUAAGAUUCCCGGGUCAGCUAAAUUCAGACCUGCGGAAGCUAGCAGUGAACUUGAUCCCAUUUCCACGCCUUCACUUCUUCAUGGUGGGUUUCGCUCCCCUGACAUCUCAAGGAUCGCAGAACUACCGUGCACUUACCGUACCAGAACUUACACAACAGAUGUGGGAUGCCAAGAACAUGAUGUGUGCGGCGGAUCCACGCCAUGGCCGUUAUUUAACAGCCUCAGCGGUGUUUAGAGGGAAAAUGAGCACAAAAGAAGUGGAUGAACAGGUAAUGAAUGUGCAGAACAAGAAUUCUUCUUACUUCGUUGAAUGGAUUCCCAAUAAUGUGAAGUCCAGUGUCUGUGAUGUCCCACCUAGAGGCCUUUCGAUGGCUUCGACAUUUGUUGGCAAUUCGACAUCUAUACAGGAGAUGUUUAGGAGAGUGAGUGAACAGUUCUCUGCCAUGUUCAGAAGGAAAGCAUUCUUGCAUUGGUAUACCGGAGAAGGAAUGGAUGAAAUGGAAUUUACUGAAGCAGAAAGCAAUAUGAAUGAUCUUGUUGCUGAAUAUCAACAAUACCAGGAUGCCCCAGUUUAUGAAGAUGGUGAUGAUUACCAAGAAGAAGAAGAUGCUCAAAGCUGAAGAUGUUCUACAAACUGAUGCUUCACAUACUGCAAGCAAGGUUUCGUGGAUAAUUAUAUAUUCACGUUCUUUGGUUUUCUUAAUGUAUGAUUAAGUUUGUGGUUUCCUGCUGUUGUUGUUGGUAGUUCUACUUGUGCUUCGUAUACCUUUUCAUACAAAUGGUACCCUUCAAUAACAGUUUCUUGAUAUAAUGACAGUCACUUACAAUAAGGCCUAACAAUAUAAAGUUAGGAUUGAGCUUUUAAAAUUAAUUUUAAAUAAGCUAAAUGAGGAAGUUUGAUAAGUGUUUCUUAUAAGAAAA